GUAUCCUCUCCCUCCGUCAGGAUAUGACUGACCUACAGCAUUCCUGAAGCUCCUCGAACCUGACUCAUUCCUGACGUUAGUCUCGCAUGACUAGAAUCUACUCUCCUCCGUAGCCCGUUAAUUCGUAUCCCUGUCGUUCCUCGCUGAUCGCUUUACUCUUAGCCAGUUAAUUCGUUCUCUGUCCUCGUCGGUCGUCGCCCUUAGGCGGUUAAUUCGUUCCCCCUCCACCUUCGCCGGUCGUCGUAGUUAUUUCCUAGGCGGUGAAUGCAUUCCCUAUUGAACUUCACCGGUUGUCGUAAUUGUUUUUAAGGCGGUAAAUCCGUUCGCUGUCGCUCCUCACCGAUCGUCGUACAUUUCUCUUAGCUUCCGUUCUGUUCCCCUAAUCGCGGAUCUUAACAUAACCAGGUGUGGAAAGCGUCGUUAGCCGUCGAUUCUCUAGCUGGCGGUCACCCGAGCUCUCGAGCCUUCAGAAUCGGUUGUUCAUCAUCUGCUGCGGUAGCUCCAAGGUGGCGAGCCAGGGACUAGUAGCACGGCUCACGGGGCCAUUUGGCUUGACAUGCGUUCCUUCCUCAAAGCCGCCUAGCUCCUCCGAGAAGUCCUUUCGCCGAUUCGGUGUUUUAUGGCUCCCGCGAUCAGUUAUGCAAGCAGCAGGCGUCGCUGGUUCCAGGAUAGGCUCAACGGCGUUUGGGGUCUGACGCAGGCUCUUGCGACUAACGUGAUCUCCGGCGACGAGCGUGGUCUCUUGCGACAAGCCGUUAUUUCUUGCGACGAUCGUAAUCUCCUGCUACGAUGCCGAUCUCCUCCGACGGCCGUGAUUUCGCCAGCAGUGACUGACUUUGGGAGCUCCUAUCUCGCUUCGCUGCCUCCCUUCCGGCUCUGCUCAGCUGGCUCGCGCCGCGCAGAGAGUCUCCUGUCCAUUAUUCCUCAAGUCGUUGCCUUGAAUGCCGCUUAACUGACUGCCUGUGUUGCUUGUUGUGUCUGUGUGUGUGGAUGUGCGUGCGCACGCGGCAACCGUGAUUUCUCUCGAGGACACUGAUCUCGUGCGACAAGCUGAUCUCCGGCAACGAUGCUUGGCGGGGUCUCUCGCAACAACACUGAUCGCAUGUGGCAAGCGCCAUCUCCUGCGACGGCCAUGAGCUCGCCAGCUACUUGAGCGGUGCAGCAGUUGCUGUUGCAGUGGGGACGGGUUCCAGGCUGCUGCUGCCGCUGCGGCGAGCUCAAAAAUCGCGUCCAAACUUGCGAUCGGAUGGCGAUCAACUCCAACUGCAGCUGCAGUCUUGCCCUCCUUCAGUUGCACUGCACCAGUGACUGCCAGCACCCUUGUGAGCACUGCUGCCCUGCCAGCGUGCCCUUCCGCCUUUGCAGGCCCGCACUGAUGUGACGUCUGCAGCGUGCUCAAUCUCAGUGCUGCUGCCAGAUGUGCGACAUGUGUGCUGCCAAAGCCGGAGAUAACUGUGGCUGCGCACUCAGCGUGGUCCGGCCGCACGGGUUGCAACAUGUGGCAGCAAGGAGUGGCUGCACUGGUGACUGGUGGUGCGUGGGCGGCAGUUGCUGCUGGGCGGCAGCAGGGUGCUACAGGGCACAUCCCAGUGCACUUCACUGUCCAUUCAGGCUGUAGUAGCUCGGUGAGAGCUGCUAGUGCGGAGAGUGGGGGCGUGCAUGUGUGUGUGGAUGUGGGUGAGCAUGUGCGUGUGUGUGUGGUGGCAGGCGACGAGUCAGUGAUAACGGUGGCAGCGGUGGCAAUGGUGGCAGCGGUGGUCAGCAUGGGGUAUGGAGGAGGCAGUGGUGCUGCGUUGUAUGGGCGGCCCCUUCUCUCGCCGUGGAGGUUGUGAAGCUGUGUGCGCGGCGGUGCAGCAUACAACUGGUGCUAAGGCGGGUGUGGAGAGCGGUGGGAUGGGAUGACGCACGGCAAGGCCUCUGUGCCUCUGUGCAUGCCCGGCUGACGACCUCACUCCUUCAUGCACCAAGUGAGGGUGAUUGGCGGGAAGCUGCAGGCAGGAGGGCGUCUGUGUGGCGGCACGGAGCAGCAGCGCUUUGCUGUAGCAUCUGGAGGGACAAAGCGCUUUGCUGUAGCAUCUGGAGGGACAAAGCGCUUUGCUGUAGCAUCUGGAGGGACAAAGCGCUUUGCUGUAGCAUCUGGAGGGACAAAGCGCUUUGCUGUAGCAUCUGGAGGGACAAAGCGCUUUGCUGUAGCAUCUGGAGGGACAAAGCGCUUUGCUGUAGCAUCUGGAGGGACAAAGCGCUUUGCUGUAGCAUCUGGAGGGCACACAAGGGAGGGCGAGGGCAAACGAGGGGACAAACAGCGCCUUCCACCAUCCCCUCCACUCCCUCCCGCCUCCUCCGCUCACCACUCACUCCUCCUCCUGCAGCUGUCAGGGGUCUCACCAAGGGACCCUUCCCCAGGGCUCAGCAGCGGGACGCCUGCAGCAGCUGUGGGCCUUCAUGGGGCAUGGCGGCACGGAGAGUGGCAGGGAGGGCGUGGGGCGAGCAGACUCCAUUCUUGGGUGCGCUGCUGCAGCUUGGGCCGCGGCUCAGGAUGCGCCAGGGGGGUUGCCCAGGGAGAUGCGGGAGCACUGCCACUGCCUUUCAAACUUCCGCCCUUCCAGAUUCGCAAACCUGGUCUCCCAUCAUCAUUCUGCUUCAGCGUCUUCCUGGCCUUAUGUUGUUGCUCCUGCUGGGUAGGACUGCUUCGCCCAACACCCUGCCAUGUUCCCUGUUGCAGAGUGCUCUUAGAUGCUGCUGUGGGAACAGGCCAACAGCAAGAGACGGCGCAGGACAAUCCAGCAGGCAGCGGCAGUGGGAGCACCCCCAUCCUCACCACCACCACCUCUUGGCAGGUCACUUGAGCUCAACUUGAUAGCAGCUGUGGUAGCCAUACCAACUGAGUUCUACAGCUGAAGUAGCCAGU